AUGAUUGCCAGCAAGUUGAAUAUUGGUGGUGUAUAUUCUCUUAUUGAUGUUGAUCAGCGAUUUACUCAAGUACUAUUUGAUGCACUUUGUGUUCAUAAUAUUGAUAUGACAAUCAUAACAAUGAAAUCAUUUUUUGAUUAUAUAUUUUCAAUGGACGAUGAAGUUCUUUCAAAAAUAUGUGAAAACAUCUUACCUCAAAUUUAUUCACAUAUAAAUAAACUUACUAUUGAACAAAAUUCAAUGGAACUUAUUCUUACUACCAGUUAUCCUCAACUUUAUUCAUUAUCACUUGUUAAUUUUCAAGAAAAACUACUUUUUCAAUAUUUAAAAGAUCAUUCAAUUCUUCGUGAUCUUCUUACUAAUCAAAUCACACAUCUGAAUAUCGAUAUUCAAAAUGAGACAACAUCUGAAUUAUCUAAAAUUUCAUCGAAUAUAUUAAUAUUGAUCUUAUCUUUAGCUAAACGAUUAAUCCAUUUGAAUUUUUGUCACAUGUUUUCUCAUCGUAGAGCGUGUAUUUCUAUUUAUUAUAUACCAAAAAUAAGUUCUAUGUCUUCAAGUUUAACUGAAUUGAAAAUUAAUGUUGAAACUUUUUAUGAUUGUCUUUAUUUUCUUGAUGGUCGUCUUGGUUCUUUAACGAAAUUGAUUAUCAAUGUGAACAAAGUUCCAUUUGAACAUAUACCAUCAUAUAUAAAUUGUCGAAAACAGCUUCCUAAAUUGAAAUACUUCUCAUUAACUUUGAAUAACCAUGCAGAUAUAUAUGAGAUUCAUAUUAUUAGAUUACUUCGUCGAAUGGGAAAUCUUGAAGCAUUGACAUUAUUUCUCUUCCUUAUACAAAUUGAUUCAGAUUAUGUUGAUGGCAUUCAAUUACAUAAUGAUAUUCUUAUUUAUUUGCCACGAUUAAAAAAAUUUACUUUCAGUAUACAUACAGGAGUUAUCAUGAAACGGAUUAAAAUUCAUCUUUCAUCUAAUGAAGAUAUUCAAAAUAGUUUUAUUGGAAGAGGAUAUGGUCAAGUUGGUUCAUAUGUCUGUACUGAAUCAUUGAAGAGCAUGACCUAA